UAAUAGAGAUGGAUUUUCAUGGCAUGAAGAGGAAGAGACUGCAGGCUCUGUGCAAGAAACAUGGCAUUCCUGCAAAUUUGAAGAGCUGCGAAAUGGCAGACAGACUCUCCUUGCUUUUCAAGGAAAAAGAAAUGGAAAAUCCUGUAGGUUCUGGUAAUGCUAGAACUGAGAAAGACACCACCCUUUAUUGUGUUGGUGGCAAAAAUGGGGAAGUGAUUGAUUUGGUGACUCCUAGCCCGGGUUCAAAGGAAAGGAGUGUUUUUUCUGCCAAGAAUUUGAAAGGUUCAGAGAUUGAAAGGUUGGAAUUUGAAACAAAUUUGUCCCCGGAAAUAACAAGGGAAGACUUUGGAAUUUGUGGGGUUGGGGAAGACAUGCAAAACAGACUCAAGAACGAGCAUGAUAACAGUCAGGGAGGUUUACAUUUAGCACCUGUAGCAGUUGCUUUAGUGGAAUUCAACAACCAAUUGUCGGAGGGUGAAGAUGAGAAGUUGGGCGACAACAAUAAUCUUAUUGGAGAUAUUUGUGAAUAUGAAAAGGGAAAAGCCGGAGCUGCAGAACAAGGCGUUCAUAAUAGCCUUCGAGGAUCAAACAUGAAAGAUGUGAAUGCUUUACAUUCUUCUAAAGAGGAAUCUGUCUCUUCUAUGAUGGUAGAAGAUGAAGCUACAGAACAAGGCGACUGCAUUAGCCCUCAAGGAUCAAGAAUGAAAGAUGUGAAGGUUUUACAUGUUUCUCAAGAGAAAUCUGGUUACCCUGUGGUGGAAAAAGAUGACGAAGUAGAACAAGGCGACCAGAGUAGCUCACCAGGAUCAAACAUGAAAGAUGUGAAUGCUUUACAUGCUUCUGUAGAAGAAUCUGGCUCUCCUAUGAUGGAAGAAGAUGAAGCUAUAGAUCAAGGCAACUGCAUUAGCUGUCAAGGAUCAAGCAUGAAAGAUGUGAAGAUUUUUCAUGUUUCUCAAGAGGAAUCUGGUUACCUUGUGAUGGAAAAGGAUGAAGCUGAAGAACAAGGAGACCACAAUAGCGCUCCAGGAUCGAACACGAAAGAUCUCUCAAGGACCUAG